ACCGCUACCAUUCUACUUCUCCUAUUGUGGUUCAAACGUUAAAACAACUCCCCGUGUGGAACAUAUGACAAUUAAAGCCUAAAUACAACGGCGUGCGCCCACACGGUCCCUUACUCCUCCCUUUACAUCGAUGCAUCUAAUAAUCAUCUCAUCUCAAUAAGAAGAAGAAGAAGAAGAAGAAGAAGAAGAAAAGAGGAAAAAAGAUAAAAAGAAAAGCAGAAGCAGAGGAACAAAAGAGAUGGGUUAGGUUACCUCUCCACACGGCACCACCAAAUCAAAACCCUAGUUUGGAUUCCUUUCUCUCCCCCGCGACUCCUCGACAGGUGAUGCCGAAACCGCUCAAAUUCCUCGAGAAUCUGAUGAGGCCCUUCAGACGACGCAGAGAUCGAGAGGCGGAGGAGGAUCUGGAGGCGAUCGCGGCGAAGGAGCAGAAGGUGUUCCGCUACGAGACGCUGGCGGCGGCGACGCGGGGCUUCAGCCCGAAGCAGAAGCUGGGCGAGGGCGGCUUCGGCCCUGUCUACAAGGGGCGGUUGGAGGAUGGGCGAGAGGUGGCGGUGAAGCGGCUGGGAAUGGGGUCGAGGCAGGGGGCGAAGGAGUUCACGAACGAGGCGAUGCUCCUCUCGCGGGUGCAGCACAAGAACGUGGUGAACUUGUACGGCUACUGCACGCACGGCAACGACAAGCUCCUCGUCUACGAGUACGUCCCCAACGAGAGCCUCGACAAGCUCCUCUUCGCUGAGCCAGAGGGGCCGCGGCGCGCGGAGCUGGACUGGCGGCGGCGGUACGAGGUGGUGGUGGGGGUGGCGCGGGGGCUGCUGUACCUGCACGAGGACGCGCACACGCCCAUCAUCCACCGCGACAUCAAGGCGAGCAACGUGCUGCUGGACGAUCGCUGGGCCCCCAAGAUCGCCGACUUCGGCAUGGCCCGCCUCUUCCCGGAGGGCCUCACCCACGUCAACACCCGCGUCGCCGGCACCAACGGCUACAUGGCCCCCGAGUACCUCAUGCACGGCGCCCUCUCCACCAAGGCCGACGUCUUCAGCUUCGGCGUCCUCCUCCUCGAGCUCGUCUCCGGGCGCAAGAACUCCUCCUUCAUCCCCCUCGCCGACGCCGACGCCGACACCCUCCUCGAAUGGGCUUGGAAGCUCCACAGGAAGGGCCAGAGUUUAGAUCUGAUGGAUCCUGCUCUUAGAACGACGGCAGUUCCGGAGCAAGUCAAGAUGUGCGUGCACGUCGGGCUUCUUUGCACUCAAGCCGACCCGAAGUUAAGGCCCGACAUGAAGCGGGUGGUCGUAAUACUAUCGAAGAAGCCGAGCACACUUGAAGACCCAACCAGGCCCGGCGUCCCUGGUUCGAGGUACCGCAGAAGAGCUUUAGGCCCUGGUGGAUCCCGCUACUCCGGCGAGUCGAGCUCUAGCAUGACCUCCCCCUCUGCGUCUGCCUCUGCCUCGAUCUCAACCGUCGCGUCUUCUUCUAAUGCCAACAACACGGCAACAAUCUCACGCACCAGUGCUAGAAGCCACAGCCAACCUUCGCAUCAAAGGAAGUGAAAUUAUAUAUAUACAGAUGAAGGAGAGAGAAAUAAUGUUGUCUAUUCUAUUUAUUUUUUUGCUGUAUCAUAUUAGAAGAAAGUAGUUUUGUUCCUCAUCCUUUUGACUGCUUGUAUAUUGUUGUUGCCAUUACUUUGAUUUAGUUUUAGAUAGCUUGCCGUAAGAGGGAGUGUUUUUUGGCUCGGAAAGAAUUUAGAAAUCAUAAGCUAUCUAUUGGAGUCAUCAAAUGGAAUUCGCGAAUUCGAUUGUGAUCAUUAUCCUGAGUUUUGUUUGGGAAGUGCUUGAUAUGUUAGGCUUUUCUCACUUUUGGAAUAAAAUUCUGAGAACAUAGAAGUACGGGGAUGUUAA